GCCGUUUAUCAGUUACUGAAUUAUACUCACAUACAUAUGUAUAAACAUUCACAAUCAUACUUAAAUUCCGGUAAUUGAAUGGAAAUCGCUACCUCCAGACAAUUGUUUUUCGGCACAAGAAAACACGCGAGUUAUUUAUAAUGGACUUGCUAACAAUUUUAACGUUUAUUGCUCUAGUGUUGAUUAUUUUAAAAAUUUACAAUAAAUUAACAGUAGGAUGGGACAGAAGUUAUACUUGUUUGAUAGGAAAAACAGCCGUUGUAACUGGUGCUAAUACAGGUAUUGGUUUCUAUACAGCCCUUGACUUUGCAAAACGUGGUGCACGGGUAAUCUUGGCGUGUAGAAAUAAAGAAAAGGCAGAAAAUGCCCGUAAAAUUAUUAUAAAAAUCACUGGAAACCCUAACGUAGUAGUAAAAAACUAUGACGCUGCUUCUUUUGCCUCAGUUAGAGCGUUUGCGAAAGAUUUCAAUGAAACUGAAGGAAGACUAGACAUAUUGGUUAAUAACGCCGGAAUCGGAGCCGACAGAAUGAGAAAAAAAAGUGAAGAUGGUUACAAUUUUGUUAUGCAAGUUAAUUAUUACAGUAGUUUCUUGUUGACCCAUUUACUAAUAGAUAAACUUAAAGCUAGUGCACCCAGUAGGGUUGUAAAUGUUUCCUCUGUAAUGCAUAGAAUUGCGGAUUUAGAUCCGGAUAAUUUGGAUCGAUAUCCCAAAGAACGUUCCUUUCCGACAUAUAUAAAUUACGCCAACAGCAAAUUAGGAAAUAUAGUUUUUACCAUCGAAUUAGCUAGAAGAUUGGAUGGUACUGGGGUCACUACGAAUGCUUUACAUCCUGGUGCAAUUCUCACUGACAUUUUUAAUGGUAUGAGGGGUUGGCAGGCAAUACUAUUCAAGUUUUUUGCAACCUUAUAUUUUAAGACACCUCUUGAAGGAGCUCAAACGUCAAUUUACCUCGCUGUGUCACCCGAAGUACAAAAUAUAUCCGGACAAUACUUUUCUGAUUGUGCAGAAAGGAGCUUAUCAAGGGAAAUUACCCAACAUAAUUUCGUGAAGAAAAUAUGGGAAAAGACAGAGGAAAUAGUCCAUUUGACCCCACAAGAAAAACUUAAUUAAUCGGAUAUGACAAUGCUUUAUAUUUUAUUUAAAAGUAAUCACUCAACUUAUGUACAUAAGAACAAAGUAAUAAUUGUUUUCUUUACCAACUUAUAAAACUAGUUUACAUCAUGGAAGACGAUUUACUUUAUGAAAUGCAAAGGGAACUUUGUGCUUUUUAUUAGAUGAUUGGCUUGACUUGCCUAAUUCAAACAAUUUGGUAUAAGCACCAUAGUUAUAGUUUUUAUAUGUAAUAUAUAAUAAAAUAAUUCAUUAAUUUUGAA